UGCAACAUACAACUCUUCUGCAGCUUCCACAAACCUACUUCCACUGGAGUCAAAUUUAUUCCUUCGUCUCCUGCUUUACUGGUUACUGCAAUCAACGAAGACGAAGAAACGUCCAAGAAAACCAAUCACUCAAGCCGGCCUUGUCACGCAGAACCUACAGUACAGUACUGUACCAUAUCAUCCAAUGCGCCACGCAACUCAACCCACAUCUCUACCCUGAAACCACCAAGCACGAAGCAAGAUUACUAUACUCAAGUCUUGACAUACCUAUACGUACUCUCCACCAAAUCCACAGUCUCAGUCACGACUACGACGACGACCACCACCACUAAACCGCCUCACAUCCACAACCGCACAUCCCAACAUCCCCCGCACCACCAACCUCUCCAAACAACCACCACCACCACCACGACGCAACAAAAGAUUCAAGAAAGAUGACCCCCUCCCUCCGCCGCCUCACGCGCGAACAAGCGGACCUCCUCAAAAACCCGGACCCAACCUUCCACGCCGCGCCCAUCAGCGCCUCCAACCUCUACGACUGGCACUUCACGCUGCAGGGCCCGCCGGCGCCCUCCCCCUACAGCGAGGGGAUCUACCACGGCCGGAUCGUGCUCCCGCCGACGUACCCGCUGCGUCCGCCCUCCUUCCGGUUCCUGACCCCCUCCGGCCGCUUCGAGGUCAACCGCGAGAUCUGUCUCAGUAUCUCGGGCCACCAUGAGGAGACGUGGCAGCCGGCGUGGGGGAUCCGGACGGCGUUGAUCGCCCUCCGGAGCUUUAUGGAUGGGGAUGCCAGGGGCCAGGUCGGCGGGUUGGAUGUGGGGGAGGAGGUGCGGAGGAGGUAUGCCGUUGCGUCGAGGGGGUGGAGGUGUGAGGGGACGAAUUUGGAGGUUUUGGAGGCGUGGUGGGGGUUUUGUCGGGAGAGGGGGGUGGAUGUUUCUGGGUUUGGUGGGGGGAAGAGGGUUGAGGGGGAGGGGGAGGGUGAAGGCGAUAAUGCGGAUCUGGAGAAGACGAAGACGAAGGAGGAGGAGCAGGAGGUGGGGAAGGGAGAUCAGGAACUUGAACCUCCGACGAUAGGGUCUUUGAAGUCUGAUACAGUGGUUUCUGGAGGAGAGGAUGCACAGACGCUUACUACUACCUCGACAACAGCUGCUGCUGCUGCUGCAUCAACACCAACAUCAACAACACAAUUAACAGCUGUGCAGGAACAACCAGACCAAACACCUCAGCAGCGCCAGAUACUGCUCCAGCCUCAACCUCAACCUCAACCACAACACCAACACCAACAGCAGCAGCAAAUAUCCCCCGAUACCCCCUGGCUCGACCGGGCCAUCGUAGGCGUGAUCGUCGCCCUGGUGGUCAUGAUCCUCCGGCGCAUCGCCAGAGACGAAUAAUCUCUUGCCCAUACAAAAGCAUGGAUGGGAUAUCUUGGCGUUUAUGGGACAUUAUCGAGCCCAGGCGUUAAUUUGUAUUGUACUUGUAUCCUUCUACCAGGAUGUCGGUAACUUAAACUUGCACCUUCACUUCACUAAUAAACCAAACCAUAUC